CGUAAGUGCGUGGUUAAACAUCAAAUGAAGACGUUGAUUUCGGUUCUAACUCUAUUCGCUUUCACUUUUAAACGUUCAGUGGAUGAGCUAAAAACGCGAAUACAAGACGAUAAACCUUCAAUCUUUAUCAUACUUCUGGUAAAAAUACGUACAGUGAUAUUACAUAACUGUUACGAACAAUUCAAUUUCCAGUAUCAACUCGAAACGAAGACCGUGAAGAAUCGAUAGGCGGAAAAUAGCAUAUGAAGCACCCCCAACAAACAUAUACGCCGUUUCAUUCUGUGUAGUCGUAACAAGUUACAAGGUCAUUGAUAGAUUGCGAAAAGGGUCAUCAACUCGACUAUUUAUUGACCACUAGAAGUUGUGCUAACAGUGUUAAUGUGCAAAAGUGUAUCGAGAUUUCAUCGCUUGUAUAUAUAUAUACAGUAUAUACAUGUGCUGUUGAUGGUUUUGUCGCCUGCCAGUGAAUGAGUGCGAUCGCCAAUAAAACAUUUCUUCAAAGCGCGUGUUGUGACAUUGAAAAGAUAUCUUCCCGUCAGAAUUAUCAAAAAGAAGAGAGCAUUCCGCCGCCGACAAUGAGCUUGGAAUUUCAAAAGACAAACGAGUACAAGAACAGCAUUGACAACAACUGCGUCAAACAAGCAAUCGAAUACAACGGGGAGCAGAAUCUGGAUGAAAACACCAGCUAUUUUCAAUGGCGCCAACAAAGCGACCAUGUAUUCGAGUCAAACAAGUACAACAACAUCAGCGAUUCGGUAUCUACCACAUAUCCAGUCAACGUAAGAGACUUACCACAAAUAAGUCAGGAGAAAAUGCUCAGUUGGUAUUGCACGGUUCCGCUGAGACACGAUCCGCACGACUACCACACGACCCCAACGAUACAAGAAAUCCAACUCAACCGUAAAGAACGACUAUUGAGUGAAAGACAGAAAAGAUUUCGAACAUCUUUCACGACCUGUCAACUCGAAAGACUUGAACAGGAGUUUCAGAAAGAUAAAUACGCAGUCGGAAUGAAACGCAUGCAUCUCGCGAGCGAACUGGGUCUCACGGAAAAACAAAUCAAAGUCUGGUAUCAAAAUCGUCGAAUGAAAUACAAGAGAGUAUGUCAGCGCAUUCACAAUAAGCGAAUGGCCACAGUUAACACGUACUGGUAACAAAAAUGACUUUCUCCAUCUGUCCUACCUAGGCAAUCACGUGAUAAGCAAUCACGUGACUCUAAAUGAACAACGAAAUGGGCAGCAGUAAUCAACGCCUUUACCAAAGUUUACAGGGAUUUCCCAUACACUGCACAGCAAGCUUGACAACAAGAUGUUGAAACUUUUCAAUACAUAAAUACUAUUGCAGUGAAUUUAAGAUCUUUUCUACGACACCAUUCCUGAAAUACCAUUGCCCAAACACCAUUAUGGAACUGUAAUGCAAUUAUGACAACACCAUUAACACAAUACCAACUGUUAUACCAUUACUAAAACACCAUUGAAGUAAGACCAUUGCUGAAAUUGCAACAGUAUUACCAUUACCAAAAUACCAUGGCUGCAAUACCAAACUGUAUUACCAUUACCACAAUACCAUUGUGCAACACCAACUGUAUUACCAUUACCAAAAUACCAUGGGUGCAACACCAACUGUAUUACCAUUACCACAAUACCAUGGCUGCAAUACCAAUUGCAUUACCAUUACCACAAUAUUAUUACUAAGCCAACAUUACUGUUAUAUUAACACUGCAAUAUAUACACUGCAAUGCAAUUUAUGCAACAUUUAAUAGAAAAACGGCAUUUAAUUGAUAUCGUUGUUGAGCUGGCUGUGUCAUAUGUAAAUCAUAUUCCAAAUAGUUAAAACCAUAUUUGUCCUUCCUCCUUCUUUUAAUGAAGAGGGAGAAACAUAAGAAUCAUAACAUACAUUGUUUAAAAUUGAAUUGUUACAAAAUAAGGUAAAAAUUUUUUCCUCGAAUAUUUCUUAAACUAGGCUGACAAUUGAUGACCUUAAUUUUGAGCAUUAAUUCCUGAAAGCUUGCACACAUGUACAAAUUGUUUUAUAGAUUGUGUCAAAAUGUAACUCUCCAGUUAGAUUAUUCAUCAUUACAUCACGAGCAUCCUCAAAGGUUGCCUUUAUGACAGGGCAACCAAAUGGUAAUUGUUGGCGAGGGUGAAUAAUGAGAUUUUAAUGUGUGCUAUUCUGCCCCGCCACUUAAAAACAGGUUUCGCGAUCCCUGGUUCAAAGGAUCAUAAAAAACACAGCAAAUUGCAAAAAUAUUGUAAAACUAGACCUGAUGUUUAAAUAAUCAUAUUUCAUACAUUAUGUAUUUAUAAAAAAGUUAUAGUGGAUUUUAGUUGCCAAGAACUUUAUGCAAUAUAGAUUCAACUUUUGUAAAAACUCAAUUAUACAUACUUUAAAAAUAAAUUGUACAUACUGCACUGAUAUUGUAGCAAAUUAUCAAAAAUAAAUAUAUUUCACUUGAAA